UUUUCUUUUUUUAAUUUGGUUUCUUUUUUUUCUUGUAAUUUGUUUGCUAUUUUUUAUUUUUGUGGUCGGGUUGAGGCAUUUUUGAAAUUCCUUUGGCUAAUCCGUGAGCAUACAGCCAGGAAUAAGUGCAACAGGGACUUUAAUGUUAGAUGGGAGAUUUACCGUUGCGGAUCGAAAGUUUUUUGGUCUCGGUGUGUUGUAGAGUUUGUUUUUUAAUAAUUCGAAAAAAAAAGAAAAUCAGUUGUGAGGAUUUUAUUAGUGGAAAGUGUUAUUUGAAAUGUUCUUAUAAUUAUUGGGAUAUUUUCAAUAAAAUACAAAUUUGACUUUUAAAGUGCAUAUGAAAAACUAUAAGAAGCUCUACAACAAACCUGGUAACUCCCCAUCAAUUCACAAUAACGAAUCAACAAUCUGUCAUCCGAGCUGCGAAAUUAAAAGAAAAUAAAAAACCCACAACCAAUUCACAAUACCAGUUUCAGUGUCAGCAGAGCUCGAACCAUAGCAAGCUCCCCUUUCUCAACCAACCGACCGACCGGCUGGCGCUGGAUGGAGCUGAAUUGGUUAAAAAAAAAGUAACUGUCUUCUUAACUCACCAACACUACCUCAAUAAUCGAUCAACUUCUCCGUAUUCAGCUAUUUCAUUCAACGACUGAAUUCGAAACUAAAAUUUCACCCCACCCUCCAAAACUAAAUCAACUCACAUCGUAAGCAAUUCAGCAAUUCAGUAACCAGCUGCAUCAAUUCCAAUUCCAAAUACACGAAACAACGAAGAACCAACAACAACAAAAAGACAAGAAACACCACUCAAAGAGGAGAAAAUUCCUGACCAACGAAAACGAAAACCAGUCAAAGGCAAUUUUGAAGGCACAGGCAGGCACUGGCAGCAGCAGGCACUCAGCUCAGCUCAGGCAGUCAUUUCUGAGAGACCGAGUCGAGUGGAGUUGUGGAAUUAUUAAAGCGAAGAAAACGCAACACAGCGAUCCGAAAGUUUUGUUGUUUGUUUGCUUUUUGAAAAGUAAGAAAAAUUAAAAAGAAGAGCGAGAGAGUGUAACCGCGCUGAGCGUGAAUCAAAGUGAGAUAGGAAGUUUUUGUGUGUGUCAAGUCAAGUUAAGAAAAGAAUUUUCUUUUUUUGUUUUUUCUUAAAUUUUAAUCAAAUUGAAUUAUUAAAGGUACAAACAAAACCUAAAACAGCAAAUUUAAACUUAUUGUUAACCCCCAAAGCAAGAGCAAGCCCCGGGCGUGGUAUGGUGUGGUGUGUGCAUAUUUAACACUACUUUUCAUCUUGAACCCAGCAUGAGUGUACUUCCUCUCUGACGAAAAUACGAAAAGAACAAAAAUGUUUGAUUUGUGAACCUCCUCAAUAUUUUAAAAGUUCAAAAAAACCAACAAAACCUUUCGCUUUAAAAAUUAAAAAAAGGAUCUUUCUCUCAACAAAAUUAAAUUUAAUUAAAGAAAACAAAAAAAAGUGCAAAUAUUGUAAACUAAAGAAAAACAGAAGAAAUUAAGAGCAAGAAAAUAAAAACCUUACAACUCAACUUGUUACCCAAACCCAAAACGUAUUCCAAGUCGAGUCGAGAAGUUGUCUUUUCGCUGUCGUCGUUGUCGCCUCUCUACUUUACUACUUCUUGUCAUCGUAGUCGUUUUCGUCGCCGCCGCCGUACCGUAGUCUUUUCGUCGGUUCGUCCGUCGUCUACGUCUUCGUCGUAGUUUUCGUUUUUGUGUCGCCUGUGCGUUCGUUUGUACUUAUGAAGCAUAUUAAAAUUAUUCAGAAAAAUGUGCUACUGCUGCUAAUGCCAAAUGCGAUUUCUCUGCUGAAAAGAAGUAAGUAAAAAAAUCGUAGUGAGCAAGCGAGAGAAAGAGAAGAAUCGACGACCGAGAAAUAAAAAAAAAAUUCGUCGUUUCUUUCAAAAAAUUCAAAAAGAAAAUCUCACCUGUCAAAAACAAAACAACUAAUUUUCCGGUCUAAAUUAACUAAAUUAAGUGCCUUUUUCGAAGAUUUGAGAUCGAAAUUAAACUGUUUUCCAUUUCCAAUUCAUCGGAUUCGUCGCUUAAUCGAACUUAAACCGAUAAAACCCCCAAAAAUAAUAAAAAUAAAAAACGAAACUACUUCAUUUUAAAACUCGUGUGUUUUGAAAAAAAAAAGAACAACAGUGCAGUGCAAUGUUUUCCGAAGGGAUUCAUCCAAUUGGCGAUGGACUGCUGGACGUGGACGAUGAACGUUUGAAAGGAUUACUUGUCCAGGACGACAUAAACGAAAUUUAUGAUGUGGAACAAACUCCAUUUGCAAGAGGCAAAUUUGCUGCUGUCAGACGAGCCAUUCACAAGAAAUCCGGCGUGCAUUUUGCUGCGAAAUUUCUAAAACGUCGCCGCCGAGCUCAGUCGUCAGACAAGGAGAUAAAGCAUGAGAUUGCUGUGUUAAUGAUGUGCGCGGGAUCCGACAAUAUUGUCAAAUUGAAUGCCGUUCAUGAGUCCAGAUCAGAUACGGCUCUACUAUUGGAAUUAGCGACUGGAGGAGAGCUACAGACAUUUCUGGACAAUGAGGAAUCCCUAUCUGAGGCACAGACACGAAUUUGUAUGCGCGAAGUACUUAAGGCCCUUCAGUUCCUGCACAAACGUUCAAUAGCACAUUUGGAUUUAAAACCACAGAAUAUUUUGCUAACCGGUGAAAGGAUCGAAGAUGGUUUAAAACUGUGUGACUUUGGAAUAUCUCGUGUUGUGGCCAAUGGCAGUAAUGUUCGUGAAAUACUUGGCACCCCAGAUUAUGUGGCACCCGAAGUACUACAAUAUGAGCCAUUAUCCCUACAAACAGAUAUAUGGUCUGUAGGUGUCCUAACAUAUGUUCUUCUAUCGGGUUUCUCACCAUUUGGUGGUGAUACCAAACAGGAAACCUUUCUUAACAUAUCACAAUGUGCCCUAACGUUUCCAGAGAAACUCUUUAAAGGGUUAUCAGUGCAUGCUACUGAUUUUAUAAGACGAGCAUUGCGCAUCAAACCAAAUGACCGCAUGACAGCAUCAGGAUGUCUGGAACACAUUUGGUUGCGUGACGAAAUGUCUGUCGAUAGAAAGAUCCUAAACAUAUCCAAAGCACACGAUGACCUAUCCUCAAAUGGAGGCGGUGGAAGCGGUGGCAGUGGUAAUUCCGAUUACGAUGAAGAAGAUGAUGAUGAGAAUAGCACCAGCAGCAGCAGCAGUGAAAGUAGUAGUAAUCAGGGACGAAAUGGAAUGACCAACGGCACCAAAAAAAUGAUGCACAAUGGUGCAACCAUCAGGAAUGGCACACCAUCCAACAAUAUAAGCUGUUCUAUGAGUCAUACUACUUCAAAUUGCUCCAUCAUUUCCUCAUUAUCCAAACAACAACAACACAAUGGCUUCCAGCAACAGUUAAAUCACGAACUAAUGCCAUCCUCCCGCCGUCAUUCUUCCGAUGCCAACAAGGAGAAUACUUUUUUACGGAAGCCCACAUCGAUGAGCAGUAGUGGUGGCCAUGCCAUUGUUGGCUGUGGGAUGAGUAACAGCACAACGAUGAAUAAUUCUUCCAUAUCCUCAAAAUUGAAUGGCAGCAGUGGACCUGCUGCAAUCAAUCCCAUCCAUCAGCAACAGCUGCAAUUAAACACGACAAAUGGCUCGGCAACGACACCUUGCUUAUUCCCAGACGCGCCAACUACGCCUAAAGUCAUCCGAAAAGCUCCGACCUCCGAGUCAUCACCCACCAGUGUUAAGGCCUUGGUUAAGAAGUUCCAGCUAGAAAGUAGCACCCAGCAAUCUUUUACAGCUCCAACUUUACUCUUAAAAGAAGCCCAUCACAACAAUAACAAUAAUAAUAACAGUGAUAGAAAAUCUAACGGUUAUAUGAGCCAUCAACAUCAACAUCAACAUCCACAUCACCAUCACCACCAAUACAAUACGAGCACAUCCUCCUCAAAAUACCAUAUUCAUAAUAAUAGCAGUAGCGUUAGUAGUAAUCGUAAAAGCAACGGAACAACGACACAACUAAAAUCGUCGUCGUCAGAUGUCAACUGCACCACCACCAACAGCAGCGGUGGUGUCAACGGACACCCAACAGUAGUAACAGCGGAAUCAACGUCAACGUCUUCUGCGAUUACUUCCAUGCAAGCCAUGAACCCAUCAGCGUCCUCGGCGGUAUCAUCGUCGUCGUCGUCGUCUUCACCGUCGCCUUCGUCAGCAUUGGUCACUAGCAACAGCGGCACCUACAAAACAAGUUGUGUAUUCUGCUUGACAUGCAGCGGUCCCGGAUGCCGGCAUUCGGGCACAUCCGUUGCCAAUAAGACCACAACGAACAGCAUCGGGCUGGAUCAGGGUAUCAUCUGUUAGCUAAGGGCCAGCAGGGCCCGGAGAAACGCCAAAAGUUUCUUCCAUAGAUUUCUAUGCUGCAUGUAAUAUUAACUAACUUUAAACCGUUAUUGUUGUUAGAUGCAGAUUUAAUAUAACAAAUUAUCAUUUAUUGUCUUUUUAUUUUAAUUAUUAUUAUCAUAAUAUUUUCUGUUUCGUUCGUAUAUAUAUAUAUAUAGUUUAUUUUUAUAAUUUAAUUUAAAAAAUAUAUAAAUAUAAAUAUAAAAUAAAACCGUUAGGUAGUUAAGAACCUAGGUGUGUAAGCAUAUCGAAUAGAAAAUAUAAACAAAGCUAAACAAAAUGCACCGCUUAUUAAAUGCGCAUACAAGUCAGAUAAAUUGAUUGCAGAGAAAGAGAGACAGAAAAUUAAAUUAAAUUAAAUAAAUAAAAUUAAAAACAAAAAAAAAAACAAUAAAAAACAAAAGAAGACGACGGACGAGGGCAGCUGAUGAUGAUGAAAGAAAGAAAAGUUAUGUACCGGGCGCCAUUUAUAAGACCUAAAUAUCUUUAAAAAUUAAAAAGCAAACCGCUGCUUUAAGUAUAAUUUUUAUUUUCUAAAUAAUUUAUUAAAAAAAAACAACAAACAAACAAAAAACGUUGAAUAUAUUUCAACAAAAAUAUAUUUCUAUUAUUUUUCCACCAAACAAAAUGGAAUCAUUUUUUUAAAAAAAUACUUAAAUUAUAAAACUAAAAACAUAAACAAAAAAUCCAUUGUAUAAAAAUUAGAUAUUAAAACUUAAAUGAAGAAAAAGGAGUGUUCUCUUCUGAAAAUACGCACAUUAAUUUUCGCAAAUUUAAAAAUAUAUUAUAUUAUUCAUUGUUUAUUAUUAUUUUUUCUUUUCUAUUUCUUAUUAUUAUUAUUUUUUUUUAAUUUUAAUAAAUAAAAUGAAUUUUGUUUCAUAAUGUUAAAAAUAAAAAAAAUUUAAAAGACAUGUUUUUUUUUUAAUUAUUAUUUAUUAUUUUGAAAAGAACAUUAUUGUUUUCUUGUUUUACUUUAUUAUACUUAAUAAUUAAAUGAAGGUGGACGAAGAGAAACACAUUUUUAAGGAUGAGCGAGUAAGAAGAAGAUUGAAAAAAAAGAAAAUAAAGAAGAUGAAACACGGUUGUCGUAUUAUGUAGUUAAACAAAUUCUAUAAUAUAAAAAUAUUUAAACUUAUUUUGAUUUAUAGCUUAAAUAAAAAAUGAAAAAUUAAAAAAAAAUAAACAAAAA